CGGGCCGCCUGGAGUCCGCCCGGCUCCGCUAACGUCUCGCCCGCCGGUCCGUCCGCCGAAGCCCGACGCUGUCCGCCUUUAACCCCCCCGAAAGCGCCUCUCACGCGGCUGAAGCCAUGCCCUGCGUCCAGGCUCAGUACGGGUCCUCGCCGCAAGGAGCCAGCCCGGCCACGCAGAGCUACACCUACCACCACUCGACGGCCGCCGGCGAGUACAGCUCGGACUUCCUGACCCCCGAGUUUGUCAAGUUCAGCAUGGACCUCACCAACACCGAGAUCGCCGCAACCACCUCCCUGCCCAGCUUCAGCACCUUCAUGGACAGCUACGGCGCCGCCGCCGCCGCCGCCGCCGGCUACGACGUGAAGCCGCCCUGCCUCUACCAAAUGCCCUCGCAGCCCCCGCCGCCGCCGCCCCCGCCCCCGCCGCCGCCCGCCCCCUCCAUCAAGGUCGAGGAGCUGCCCCUCCACGGCUACCAGCCCCCGCCGCCGCCCCCCGGGGCCGCGGGGCCGCCGCCGCCGCCCGACGAGCUGGCCGUUUACUACAAGCCCUGCGCCUCGCCGCCCGCCCCGUCCGCGGGCUUCGCGCCCGGCCAGGGCGUCUGGGACGAGGCCGGGCCCCUGCACGGCUUCCACCACCACCACCACCAUCACCACCACCACCACCACGCCCAGGCGGCCUUCGGGGGCGCGGCCGGGCCGGGGGGAGGCGGCGGCGGCCCCCCCAAGGGCGGCCCGACGGCGGUGCCGCGCCUCUCGCUCUUCUCCUUCAAGCAGUCGCCUCCCGGCACGCCGGUGGGCAGCUGCCAGAUGCGCUUCGACGGGCCCCUGCACGGCCUGCCGCUCAACGGCGAGCCGCCGGCCCACGGACACCACGGACACCACCACCACCACCACCCGCACGACGGCCAGCCCUUCGCCGUGCCCAACCCCAUCCGCAAGCAGGCCGCCGCCGCCGCAGCAGCCGCCGCCGCCGCCGCCGUCGGUUUCCCCGGCCUGCAGAUCGGGCACGCCUCGCAGCUGCUGGAUGCCCAGGUGCCCUCGCCGCCCUCGCGGGGCUCGCCGUCCAACGAGGGCCUGUGCGCCGUCUGCGGGGACAACGCCGCCUGCCAGCACUACGGCGUGCGCACCUGCGAGGGCUGCAAAGGCUUCUUCAAGCGCACCGUCCAGAAAAACGCCAAGUACGUUUGCCUCGCCAAUAAAAACUGUCCUGUGGAUAAGCGCCGCCGGAAUCGGUGUCAGUACUGCCGCUUUCAGAAGUGCCUGGCAGUCGGCAUGGUCAAAGAAGUGGUUCGCACGGACAGCUUAAAAGGCCGAAGGGGUCGCCUGCCGUCGAAACCGAAGAGCCCCCAGGAGCCCUCCCCCCCUUCGCCCCCGGUGAGUCUGAUCAGUGCCCUGGUGAGAGCUCAUGUCGACUCCAACCCGGCUAUGACCAGCCUGGACUAUUCCAGGUUCCAGGCCAACCCGGACUACCAGAUGACCGGGGACGACACGCAGCACAUCCAGCAGUUCUACGAUCUCCUGACCGGCUCCAUGGAGAUCAUCCGGGGCUGGGCGGAGAAGAUCCCCGGCUUCACCGAUCUCCCCAAACCGGACCAAGACCUGCUCUUCGAGUCGGCUUUCCUGGAGCUCUUCGUCCUGCGGCUGGCCUACAGGUCCAACCCGGCGGAAGGCAAGCUCAUCUUCUGCAACGGCGUGGUGCUGCACCGGCUGCAGUGCGUGCGUGGCUUCGGGGAGUGGAUCGACUCCAUCGUGGAGUUCUCCUCCAACCUGCAGAACAUGAACAUCGACAUCUCCGCCUUCUCCUGCAUCGCGGCCCUGGCCAUGGUGACAGAGCGGCACGGCCUGAAGGAGCCCAAGCGGGUGGAGGAGCUGCAGGGCAAGAUCGUCGGCUGCCUCAAGGACCACGUGACGUUCAACAACGGCGGCCUGAGCAGGCCCAACUACUUGUCGAAGCUGCUGGGCAAGCUGCCCGAACUGCGCACGCUCUGCACGCAGGGCCUGCAGCGCAUCUUCUACCUGAAGCUGGAGGACCUGGUGCCGCCGCCGGCCAUCAUCGACAAGCUCUUCCUGGACACCCUGCCUUUCUAAGCGCGC